UUUGAUAUAUUUUGCGGUACGAUCGAUUAUGCUGCACCAGAGGUCUUAACCGGAAAGAAAUACGAUGGACCGCCACAGGAUAUUUGGGCCUUGGGGAUUUUACUUUAUACUCUUAUUUAUAAGGAGAAUCCCUUCUAUAACAUUGAUGAAAUCAUCGCCAGAGAUCUUAGAAUUCCAUACAUAUUAUCUGAGGGUUCAAUUGACCUCGUCAAGAAAAUGCUUGAUCGAGAUACCGACAAGCGUCCAUCGAUUGAUGACGAUGCCAGCACUGGUAUUCAACCCUUUGUUCCUCCCGUGCCUUCACGAACAGAAUCUAAUUUAGAAGCGAAAAUUGCAGUGGUGCUUGGAUUUUUUCUGAAGCCUGUUUUAGGAAUUCUCAAG